GUUCAUCUCCUUGAAAGCACUGACAGAGCAAAUGCUUUAUAAUGCUGUUGUCAUUACUGAAAUGGCAAUGGACUUGAAGGAACGAGCAGCGUCUGGUGAAAAAUAUGUAUGCUACUUGAGAAGUUUAGCGGUUCGAGCAGCUCGAGUAAUAACAGCAAUGCAGCACAGUGGGCGAUCAUUUAUUCUUCUAGCACACAAAUUAUCAGCGUCCGCAAUAAAAGGGAUGGAUGCCAACUGUGGUAAUGACACAAUAUUUUUCAGUCUACGAAAUGAAUUUGAAAAGUUACUGACAAUUCUGGACAAAGAACUUGCAGAUAUGGAAGACAUUGAAACAACUGAAAAUGUUUUAGCUAAUGAUAUAAACAACAUGAAUUUAGCAUCUAUUAUGGAAAAAAUAAAAAAUUUAGAAGCUAGGACAAAGGUAUCAGACAGUGCCUUUGUCCCAGCAUCAAAUAGUGCUCGGAGUUUUAAAUCUGAUGUUGAUGAAAAAUAUCCAGAGAGCUGGUCCAGAGAAUCUUUGAUAGAUCUGCAUAAUGUUGUGAAUUUACCUCCUGUCCCAGAGGACAUCUUCACAGGAUUUUCUAAACCUGUAAGAACUUCAAGUUUGUCGUCACUAAAAAGCUUAAGGAAAGUAAAACUAUUUUUACAAAAAGCAGCAAGUUCAGAAGAAGAGGAAAGCGAAUGUGAAGACUUACUUGUUUCUGAUGAACCAAGUGCUGGUGAAAAAGAUACAAAGAUACCCAUUAAAAAACAUGCAAUUUUAGGCAACAUUAAAGAAGAAGCGUGAUUGUAAACAAGGUCACUGUAUUUUAAUGCAGAGACACUACAUUUGUAAUAAAAAAAAUUAUAAAAGCUA